UAUUCUAUGGGCCGCUGGUUCUCUCCUUCUACGGUUCUUCUAUCCAUUCACAGUCUUAUUGUUCUACCUUCCCGUCGCUCCGUGCGUGGCCGUCGCCUCCGCAGCAGUCCUGCUCUUCAACCGCAGUACCAGUGCCAGAUUCAGGUACUAUACAGGUAUUCCCAAACGGAUUUGAGACGGAUUUAGUUAGUUUAUUCCUUAACAGAUUUGGGACGGAUUCGGUACUUAAAUUGAUGAUCAGGGUCGGAUUCGGGUAGUUGAUUUCUAGUGGGUAGCUGCCCCGCUGCCAUCUCUACUAGUAACACCACCAGGUAAUUGGGCAUGGGCUUAAGUUAGCCCAGAUUUGAUUUUAGCCCACUAUCCUCAUAAGCAAAUUUCUCCCCUUAUUAUCAAAUUGCCAUUGUCGUCCCCCGAAUUUCUAGAUUAGGGUUACAAAUAUGUUCCCUCCAAUUUUGACAUUUCAAUCAAGCCAUGGCCAACCGCACCGAUCCGGCGGUCAAGAGCAUAAGGGGCACGAAUCCCCAGAAUCUCGUCGAGAAAAUUCUUAGGUCUAAGAUAUACCAGAACACCUACUGGAAGGAGCAAUGCUUCGGUUGAACUGCAGAGACGCUCGUGGACAAGGCUAUGGAGCUUGACCAUCUUGGUGGCACCUAUGGUGGGAACCGCAAACCUACGCCUUUUAUGUGCUUGGUAAUGAAGAUGCUUCAGAUCCAGCCCCAGAAGGACAUUGUUGUCGAGUUCAUCAAAAACGACGAUUAUAAAUAUGUGCGUAUACUUGGUGCUUUUUAUCUGCGUCUUACUGGGACUGAUGUUGAUGUGUAUCGGUACCUUGAGCCUUUGUACAAUGACUAUCGGAAAUUGAGGCAAAAACUACCUGAUGGAAAAUUUGAUUUAAUCCAUGUGGAUGAGGUUAUACAUGAGCUUCUUACCAAAGAUUAUUCCUGUGACGUUGCUCUCCCACGCAUUAAGAAAAGAUGGACUCUUGAAUCAAUUUGUUCACUCGAACCUAGAAAAAGUGUGCUGGAAGAUGAUUUUGAAGAGGAGGAAGAGAAAGAGGAGAAUGAACAAGAUGAUGGAUUAGACAAUGCGAUUGAUGAACGGGAUUAUUACCACGGGAGAAGUCCCACUUGGGAAAGGGAUAGGGAUAGAAGACGUGAGAGUCACAGAUACAGGGAUCGAGACUAUGAUCGGGACUAUGAUAGGGACUACGAUCGUGGACGUGGGCAUGACAGGGACAGGGUCAGGGACAGGGACAGGGAUAGGGACAGGUAUCGCUUGAGAGAAGAAAAAGAUUAUAGGCGGGAGAGAGAGCGAGAAAGAGAGAGUGAAGGUACAGAAUGGGAGAGGCGAGAUAGGGACCGUGGCAGGCGGAGGAGUCGUUCAAGGAGUCGAUGUAGGAGCAGGGAUCGCAAGAGGCAUGUCCACAGCAGCAACAGUCCUAAAAGGCGUGGGGAUGGACCAGAAGAGCCAAAAAAGAAGGAAAAGAAGGAUGAUGGCACAAACCACCCAGAUCCAGAGAUUGCAGAAGCCAAUAAGCUGCGAGCUCUCCUGGGUUUGAAACCAUUGAAGUGAUCUUUACUAGGUGGCUGUUACUGUUAAAGAAACAUGUAAAUCUGCAACUA